AUGAUGGAUGCACUUAUGGUUAUUCAGUUUCCAGGGCCGAGAGCAUUUCGUGAUUCAUCGGAUUUGGUACCUCUUCAACAAUCUCAUAUAUUAGGAAAUUUUCAUCAUAGAUUUCACCCGACGAGGCCAACAUUUCACUUCGGUGUUAAUUCUCCAUCGAUUUAUAAUCAACAAUCUCAUCAAUUCGUACCACCUCAACAACAACAACAACAGCAGCAACAGCAACAGCUCAAUCAAAGAAAUUUACAACAAAAUAUACAAUUGAAUUCUCCCGGAUUACGUCAAAACGUUGGUUUAAAUCAAAAUUCGGAUUUGGUCAAUCAAAAUUUUAAAUCGUUGCCCCCUAUAACAAAAUCAAACGUUCCUUUCGGUUCCUCUAAUCAAGAUCCAUCGAUAAAAGACGCAUAUCCAAGCAAUGCUCCCCACACUUUAAAAUUUUCAAUAUCUUCACAAAAUUAUAAUCCAAAUCAGGGUAAACAAUUUUCAAAUUCUGUAUCAUCUCAACCGAAAUUAAAUAAUCAAUUUAUCCAAGGAAGAGGUUUAGGAGUAUCUCAAGUUCAACCCACUAGGCCAACAACUAAUCAUUUAUCAUCGGUAAAUGUUCAACAACAACAACAAACGAGUCAGUACAACACUGGUCAAAAAGUUCAACAAACAUUUUAUCAAAAUCCUAAUACCUAUUCUAAACCUGUACCGACUUUUAAUCCUCCCACUUCGAAUUCUUUACCUCAACAACCUUUUAACACGAUUCAAUCAUCAAAUUUAAGAACAACUCAACAAUCGAAUGAAUUAUUAUCGACAAACACAUUUUCAAACAAACAAGUUUUAACGAAUAAUGUUAAUUUUAAUUUGAAUUCUCAACCUCAUCAUAUUUCUCCUCUUCUCAAUUCACAAAUCAGAACAAAUUCGGAAUUUAAAACAAAUACCAAUUUAAUACAACAACAGCAAAAAACUAAUGUGGAACCACCAGUUUUACCAACAAAUUUUAGAUUUCCAACUGAUCCAACUCAGCAAACUUUUCAAAGAACCAAUUUGUUAGGAAACCAACAAUUGUAUCAAAAUAAUAAUAAUAAUAAUAAUAACAAUCAACAAUUAGGACAAUUUAAUUACCCGUCGGUGCCAUCAAAUUUUGAACAACAAGUAACGGAACAACCUCGACUUUUAUCAUCUCAACAACAAAUAUUAAAAUCUCAACCGCCAUCGGUUGUUCCUCCUUUCAGUUCGACUUUACCCGAUUUAACAGGUAGAAAAUUGGCUUUUGAAAAAGCACAAAAUCAUUUACAUCUUGCCCUUAACGAAAAAUACUUGAGCACACCACUUACAAAUAUCAUUCCGACAUCUUCUCCGAGUAAAGAAACUUUCACGACAGCACCAGCUUAUACGAAACCUAAACCCGUCGUGAAAGAAAUAACGAUUAAUUUAAACGAUCAUAAAAUAUCCGGAGAUGGUUUACCACCGCAAUUGUAUAUAAAAGACACACGUCAAAAAGAAUAUCAAGAAAUAAAGAGUUCGAAAGAAGGAGGUAAAGAACAGAAUAAAAAAGAAAAAACACAAGAAGAACUUAUAAACGAACAAAUUCAUAAACUUUUACAAAGUCAUAAUUUGGAAAUAGUUGGAAAAGAUAACGAAGCUCAAACAAAUUCACAAGAAGCUCAAUUAUCAAAAGUGUCUGAACAAUUUCAAAAAUACAAUUAUAGCGUUCAACUUUUAAACAGCGGCGGAUUGUUAAGCGAAAGCAAAGUUAAACCAACAGUUGCUCCAGAAUUACCACCUCUUCCCGAUUUACCGGAACAUAUUAAAAAACAAUACGACAUAAAAUUGGUUCAUAAAGAUGAUUUACUCAAACAGUUUGAUUUAUCAGGAGAUCAUAAUUUAGGAAAUGAUUCUUCUAAAUUGUUUAUAGCAAAUGGACAAAAAUUAGAAAUUGUACAAUUUUCCAAAGAUGGAAUAAUGGAUAAAAUUCCAAUUGGUACUAAGAAUGCGGUUAGAGAACCAACGACUACGGCUAAACCUCCAAAACUUUUAUUCGAAGAAUUGACCAAAGAAGUCAUACCUCCUGGAGCUAAUUUUGAAUUAAUCAAACAUAAGGGAGAUGGUCAAGUGGAAAAAGUUAAUGAUUUCACGGGUGGGAAAAAAGUUACAUUUGUUUUCUUAGAGGAACAAGAAGAUGGUUCGGUUAAAAUUCAAGGAGUUAAAGGAAAUGGUAAUCAAGAUGCUGAUGGUAAUGAAGUUGAUUCGUUAAUUAAAAAAAUUAAAAAUGGUUCUCUAAAACUUCCGCCAUCUUUAAAAUCAAAAGAAAUAAGUGAUGUUUAUGGUUCGUCAACGGAAAAACUUUUGGCAUCUCCGACGGCAACCGUUAAUUCCAGGUCUAUUCAAAACCUUCCAUCCUUGUCUCCCAAUUACGUCGAAAAAGAAUAUUUAUCUAAUCAAAGACCCACAACUGAAUUUACUUUCAACGGUCCAUCACUUUAUUCUGCAGAUGUGACUUCGAAAUUUACACCAUCCUAUUACGAAACCACUCCUCAACCUCCUACUACCUUUUCACCCAACUUAAAUUACGUCAGAUCAACAACCGUUAAAACUCAAGAAAAAUUUAGAACGCGUUUUACUCCAACCGUACCUAGUUUAGACACUUUCACUCCAACAUUUGGAUCCCGAAGAAUAAAACCAACAAUUUCUUCGAGAAUACAAAGUCCAGAAACGGCAAGACUAUCGCAAACAGGAUCUCUUUUAGACUCUCAAUCAGAAUUUUCCGACUAUAGUAAUUCAGAAAUAUUAAGUCACAGAUCUACGGAAUACAGAGGACAAAAACUUAGAAUACCUCAGGAUGUGGUAGCCGAAGAAUCAAAUAUAAAUGCCGUUCGACCACUUAAUGAAGUACUUAAAGUAAAUGGUUUGAACGAAAUGGCCAAAUUUCUCGAACAAUCUGGUUUGGAUACGAUUCUUAACGAAACAGGUCCUUACACAAUAUUCGUACCAACGGAUAAAGCAUUUAAAAAAUUAGAAACACAAUUAGGAGGCCCAGAUAAAGCAGAAGAAAAAUUUCGUGAAAAUCCUAGACUUUUAAGCGGUUUGCUUUUACAUCACGUUGUUCCCGGAUCGUUUAGGGUUGAAGAUCUUCAAGAUGAAAUGACCGGCGUUAGUUUAGCCGGAACUCAACUUCGUGUAAACACAUAUUUUACCGAUAAAAAACAAUCCAAGGAAAAUAAUAUAGUUACCGUUAAUGGAGCAAAAAUAAUGAGCGAAAGUCAAAAUAUAGUUGUGCCACAAGGAUUGGCUCAUACAAUCGAUAAAGUUUUAUUUCCACUUCCCAUCGGUGACAUUUUUCAAACAUUAAAAAGUGAUAGAGAAAAAAGAUUUACAAAAUUUAUAAAGGCAUUAGAACAUUCUGGACUUUCUGAUUUACUAACAGGUGUGAAAACUUAUACCGUUUUCGCUCCUACCGAUAAAGCAUUUUCAGUUUUAACGGAUUCAGAAUUGGACAAAUUAUUAACCAAUCAGGAAGCUGCAAAAACAAUAGCUCUUAGACAUAUAGUACCAGGUACUUUGUACACAGCCGGAAUGAAUUAUUAUCAAGUAAUGGAUUCUAUGGAACCUGGACAAAAAGUAGUCAUUAAGAAAGAAAUAGCAAAUUCGGCUCAGAUCACAACAGGAAAUAUUCCAGCAACAAAUGGAGUCAUUCACGCUGUGGAAACACUUCUAUAG